AUGGUCCGCCGUGGUGAAUUGACGCUUGCAGACAAAGGGUACAAUGACCCCAACUAUUUUAUCUACCCAUGCCCCCAACUUCAAAACCCGAGGCUCCACAAAGAUAUCAUGGCUCGCCACGAGACCGUCAACAAACGCAUGAAGCAGUUCGGCGUCUUGUCACGCGUAUUUCG